AUCUCGCGAUGUAUCGCAGUUGGUAUUCACCAAGGCGAGAGUACGCAUUUGCUUUGACGUUCUUGCGUUAUUCACAUGUUGCCAUUACGUCCAAUACUGUGCGUAUCCCACUCGGUCUCACUAGCUCGGGGGAACAGUCGGUAACACUACUACUACUUGAGCUUUAGUUGGAGCUGCUGGGUUCAGUGUGAGAGAGGCUAUGUCAAGCGGACAAGUACUGGGUAGUGAAGCAGACGGGAACGGAGGAAUAAUGGCUCUACAGAAGAACCUGGAGGGCUAUGUGGGCUUUGCAAAUCUUCCCAACCAAGUUUACAGAAAAUCUGUGAAGAGGGGUUUUGAAUUCACACUCAUGGUUGUGGGGGAAUCUGGCCUGGGGAAGUCGACGCUGAUCAACUCUCUCUUCCUGACAGACCUGUACUCCCCUGAAUACCCGGGUCCUUCGCAUAGAAUUAAAAAAACUGUACAGGUGGAGCAGUCGAAGGUCCUGGUCAAGGAAGGAGGAGUGCACCUUCUGCUCACCAUCGUCGACACCCCCGGCUUCGGGGAUGCCGUUGAUAACAGUAACUGCUGGCAGCCGGUCAUCGACUACAUCGACAGUAAGUUUGAGGAUUACCUCAACGCAGAGUCCCGGGUCAACAGGCGGCUGAUGCCCGACAGCAGAGUGCAGUGCUGCCUGUACUUCAUCGCUCCGUCCGGACACGGACUGAAGCCCCUCGAUAUUGAAUUUAUGAAACGGCUACAUGAAAAAGUAAACAUCAUCCCCCUCAUCGCAAAAGCAGACACAAUGACUCCUGAGGAGUGUCAACAGUUCAAGAAACAGAUCAUGAAAGAAAUCCAGGAGCACAAAAUCAAAAUCUACGAGUUCCCAGAGACAGAUGAUGAGGAGGAGAUGAAGAUGGUCAGGAAAAUCAAGGACCGUUUACCGUUGGCUGUAGUCGGUAGUAACACCAUCAUCGAGGUCAGUGGGAAGAGAGUGCGCGGGAGGCAGUACCCCUGGGGUGUGGCUGAAGUGGAAAACGGAGAGCACUGUGACUUCACAAUCCUCCGGAACAUGCUGAUCAGGACCCACAUGCAGGACCUGAAGGAUGUGACCAACAACGUUCACUAUGAGAACUACCGCAGCAGGAAACUGGCUGCGGUCAACUACAACGCUGUGGACAACAACAAGAACAAGGGACAGCUAACCAAAGCUGAGACGGCUGAUGGCAUGAGUCCUCUAGCCCAGAUGGACGAGGAGCGGCGGGACCAUGUGUCCAAGAUGAAGAAGAUGGAACAAGAGAUGGAACAAGUGUUUGAAAUGAAAGUGAAAGAGAAGCUCCAGAAGCUCAGAGACUCCGAGGUUGAGCUCCAGAGACGACAUGAACAGAUGAAGAAGAACCUGGAGGCCCAGCACAGAGAACUGGAGGAGAAACGUCGCCAUCACGAGGAGGAGAAAGCCAGCUGGGAGGCCCAGCAGAGGAUUCUGGAACAGCAGAAACUAGACGCCUCCAGGACCUUGGAGAAGAACAAAAAGAAGAAGAUAUUUUAAUAACUCUGGAGGACCUUCGUGAUGUUACAGUGUAUUAUUUCGCCAACCUGUCAGCCCUUGAUUGUCAGAGCAUCUGUCAGUAAAGUCCAUCCACCACGUUACUGUGUAAUAAUCAAGUGAACGCCAGGGGGCAGUAUUGUCUGGACUCUGAAUUUAACCGGUCCUUCUCUGCUCAUCCUCAUGUUCCUCCUAAGAGUGGUUCUCUCUGUAUUGGUUCCGUGUGCAGUCCAGGUUUGGGUCGCACACAAGUAUAUUCACAUAGUAAACUGAGAACUGGUGUUCUCUAAUCAUGACCAAACAGGAGGGCAAAGUUCAGAGUUCCUCUUUUCUUCUUCUACUUUGGGAAUGUUGGAUGCUGCGCUGCUCUGUGCUGCGUUCUUUUAAUGCCAAAAAACCAAACCAAGAGGUCGGCCUUCCACUUCCUGCUCAUUGGCAGCGUGUGUUAGGCUGAAGCUCACCUCAGGCACUGUUUUUUAUAUAUAAAUAUACUGCAUAUGUAUCUUUCUGUUCACUUAUUUAGGCAUCACAUUUAUUCCCCCCCUCCCGCCCCCAAAGUGGUAUGCUCUCCCAUCUCCUGUUAUGUAAAUUGUAUAACCAUCAACUGCAACCAUGUGUAACUUUUUCUUACUUUUUGCUCUUUUUUUUCCAUUUUGUAUUGGUCCUGGUAUAAAAACUGUUCCUAUUGUUUCCUGUAUCAUAGCCGGUCUUUUUUUUUUUUUAAUUAACCUUGCCCUUGGAAACCCAGCAUGUAACUGUUCCUGACUUCACUCACGCUGAGUGGAACCGGGUCAAGAAAGUGCUCGUGAAGUGUUUUUACGGGAAUCUAUUUGAACGUCUCGUGCAGAUUGGAUCUAAAGAAACAGAAUCCAGUGUUUCCAGGGGCAGGAUGGGUAGGUUUGAGUGGCAUGCUCCCCCCCCCACAGAGGGCAGUUAAUAACUGUCCCAGGAUGGCUUUCUUUACAUCACAUUUAGCACUGGUUGUGUAUUGCAUCUGUAUUUUGUAAUGUCUUGUUUUUAAUGUAAAAAGUUAAGUAAUAAAAUUGUGAUGGGGG